AUGACUGGCCUUCAGGAACGCAACAAGUGGCUGCAUCCACGCAAUCUCCAGCUCAACGACUUCGUCCUCGUCCACGAGGACAACGUGCCGCCGCAGCAGUGGGUAAUCGGACGUGUCGUCACAACCGUCGAAGGCCAAGAUGGCAAGCCGCAAAUACUCGAAGGGCGUGAAAAGCAUACGGAUGGCGGUGGUGCCCCGCAACUAUCCAGCGGAGGCUCUGGGGUCAGAAGAACAGACGGCCUGGUAAAUGCCCUAUUCGUGGGCGAUGAAUACACUGGCUACUUUAACGGCGUCUGCUUCAAAGGAGGUAUGCUGCUGGUCGACUGUCAGGAUCAGAAGUCGGCCACCUGGCUAACGGAAGUGGCGCCAAGGCUAGAGGGCUGGAAGGGUCUGCUCCUCUGUUUAAAGAGAGGCGAAGAAAUACCGCAUACUUUCCAGGAGAGACGGCUACAAAACCCGCCCCCCCUCGAUACUCAGUCUUGUGGAGUACUGCAAAACAAACAAACUCCCCCGACUCUGGGAUGCGAUGCCAACGCGCAUCACACGGAAUGGGGCAGCACAGACUGCAACGAGAGGGGUGAGGCACUUCUUGAAUUUGUAAUAAGCAAAAAUAUGAGCCUAGAAAAUGUGGGCUCUGAGCCCACAUUCGUAACUAAUGUUUGUAAAGAGGUUCUGGACAUUACAUUAGGUAAUGACGUGAUGAUCGGACUGGUCUCGCAUUUGCGGGGGUGGAAGUCGAGAACCGAGCUCCGACACGUACAUAUUCCUAGGAACACGAACUGGGAUAUUUUCAAAGAGACUUUGAGCAAAAAUAUAAGCGGAGUGGAGCAGGCAGGUCGUAAGUCCACUACAGCUGGACUGGAGAGCAGACUGAGUGCCAUAAACCAGUCCAUAAUGGACGCCUAUCACUGUGCCUGUCCGCUAAGAGCGACUACCAGUAAACAAAUCUGUUCCUGGUGGUCUAGAAAACUUUCGGCACUCAGACAUAGGGUACCAAGGCUAUUCAAUAAAGCCAAGCGCACAGGCGACUGGGAGGAAUACAAGCAGAACCUAACAACCUACAACAAGGAGCUUAAGCUUGCAAAGACAAAUAGUUUUAGGAAAUUUUAUGACAGCGUCUCCUCGACCCCUGAGGCAGCUCAGCUGCUCAAGGCGUUGUCGAGAGGUAAGACAGACACUGUACUAUCCAUAAAAAGACAGGACGGGAUCUAUACGACCAGCGCGGAAGAGAGGGCAGAAACACUCCUACAAGCACACUUUCCGGAGACGGUUCAGGCUGACCUAACUCCAGCAUCAGUCACACGUAGGCCAGAUCGCUUGGACUGGCUGAUUGCAAAGAAUCUGUUCACUGUAGAUUCAGUCAAGUGGGCACUGGCCUCCUUUUCGAGAUACAAGUCACCGGGAGUAGAUGGCGUCUUCCCAGCCCUUUUGCAGCAAGGUAUGGAUAUUCUCCUGCCACACCUGCUAGGGCUGAUGAGAGACAGCUUGGCGUUGUCAUAUAUCUCAGAGCCAUGGAUAAUUGCAAAAGUAAUCAUUAUCACCAAAGUAGGUAGGAGAGACUAUUCGUUAGCCAAAUCAUUCCGGCCUAAAAGUCUCACACCCUUCAUGCUAAAGGGGAUGGAGAAAGUAAUAGAUAACCACAUCAGAUCGGAAGCGUUGAAGAUCGCACCCCUACAUGCCAGACAGCACGCGUACAGAGCGGGAAGAUCCACUUACACUGCUCUGUACCAACCCACGUCUGAGUUGCAGGAUUCGCUGGAUAACGGCGAGGUAGCGAUUUGCGCCUUCCUGGACAUUAAGGGUACUUUUGAUAACGCGUCUCACACUAGCGUGAUCAAGGCACUGGAGGGUAGGAAUGUAACAGCUCCG